AUGGAACUUCCCCACUUGGGCACGCAUUGCCACUUCGCCGAGUGCAACCGCCUCGAUUUCCUGCCGAUGAAGUGUCGCGGCUGCUCGGAGUCCUUUUGCUCGGAGCACUUCGGCCUCGACAUCCACAACUGCUCCAAAGCCGGCAUCGUGGACAGACAAGUGCCGACCUGCCCGCUCUGCAACAAACCCGUUCCGAUUGGAACUCAAAACAAGCCGCUGGACCAACUCGUCAACGACCACAUUGAUCGCAAUUGCGACUCAGAAGCAGCGGCGAAAAAGAGAGCGAAGAAGAAAGAAGGUCGCUGCUGCGCGAAGAAAUGCAAGACUAAGGAGCUCAUUCCAGUAUUUUGCGAACUCUGCAAGCGAUCCGUCUGUCUCAAACAUCGCUUUCCCAAAGACCACGACUGCCUCCACAACAAGAACAACGGCUUAUCCGACCAAGAAGCGAUGGAAAAGGCAAUCAAGCUUUCGAUGCAGGAGCAGCCAGGAAGCACGACAAAGCUAGAAGAAGCCCGGCGCGCUCAGCAAGAAGCGCUGGACAAGGCGAUCGCGCAGCGCUUACAACGUUAUGAAACUCAGAGACAAAGACGCAGCCAGCAGCAAGCCACUUCUUCGCGCAAUGACUCUUCUUCUUCUUCCUCUCGAGACUGUUCUAUUCAAUAG